AUGUGUCAACGGGCGAGGCUUGUGCAAGUCGAACAGGCGCCUCCCUCUGCCCAAGUCACCGACAAGAAGGAAGAAGAAAAGGGGGAAGAGGAGGAAGACAAGAGCGGUGGCAGCGGCCCACAGAAGAAGAAGACGAAGAAGAAAAGAAUGGUAGCAGCAACACACCGCCCACUGGACAAGCGGCAAGAAAAAGCCGAAGAAUUCACAGAAAGCGCCCCUUUCGCAACUGCAACCAUCGCCGCCGCUUACGGCUGCGGUCCGCCUUCAAGCGGAAAGGCGAUGCAGCACUCGAGUAAAGGAAAAGGUGUCCACGGUGGCGGCAACGGCGGCAUCAAUACCCGCCGCCGCCGCAGCAGCACAAGCAGCAACAGCAACAACAACAACAACGCGACGCCAUCCACGGGCCGUACCGUGUUGCCGAAGCGGAGUGUGCGCUUGUCGGAUGCACACGCGGAAAAUCAUAGAAAUCAUAACAACGGUGGCAGUACCUCGUCCAGACAAGUCAAGAGCACGGCGACACCCUCCCCGACACACCACACGCACAACACCGAAGCACGGCAAAGACGACGAAAAGGAAAAGAGACACCACCACGCAUCGAAGGCGCGCCUCACAAUUCCCUCUCUAUCCUCUUCAUUGUCCUUGUCAGCUCUCAACAGCAGCAGGAGAGGGACGGCGCACCAUGCAGCACCAGUAGCAUUCCCGAAACCUUGAACACGGACACGGCGACCAUGAACUUCUCUUGUGCUUCCGGCAUUUCCAAUUCCACGCCGCGCGCCAAAACCAGCCGCUCCUCCAACACCAGCGCCAUCCGCACAGGCGACGCUCGCAAAGGUGGUGGUGGUGGUGCAGGCAAUGGACCUGGAGAUGAAGGUGCAAGCGCAAGCCGAGGCGGCGGUGGACGUCGGCUCUUACCGGCCGUUUUGGAGAAGGAGGGCGAUGCUCACGCACAGGGGGCCAGCGCACGGCCGAUGGCGGACGCCCCGCCACGGAAGCCGAUCGCAACCGAAGUGCCCGAAGCGGGCAACGCGAGCCGCGAACAGGGGCGUCGAAGCACCGACGACUUUCCCCCCAUCUCUGCGGCAACAGCAACGACAAUGACGCGAACACUGGCGAACACUUCCUACACCCAUGGUAGCGGCCAUCGCAGUGGUGGUGAUGGUGGUGGUGGUGGUGGCGGCCCGGCACUCGCUGGCAACGCGACGGCUGUUGCUGCUGCUGCUGGCUGGCACCGCCCUUGUCGUCCACAACGCUCAGCCGGUGGCAAGACUCACUGGUGGUCAAAAGCAAUUCGUCCAUGUGGUGUUUCUCUCCCAACUCGCACCUCGACAACAGCAGAGUCACACCGGAGGGCAACCCUUCCGACCUUCGACGCAGUAAGGCGAGGCGCAGCGAGAGGAGGAACUUUGCCGGACGAGCGCGCGCAAGUUAAACCCACCACCCACCAGCUUGUCCCCAUCACCUCCUCGGCAACGCUGAUCGCAAGCACCACGAGCACCAUCAGCGCGGCCUCGCUGAGCCCGCACACGGACAAGGCCUCACAAGGAAGGCGGCUGCCCUCCGGGGCCAACUCACACUUGAGCAGCAGCACUGGAACUGACCUCGCUGCGGUUGGUGCUGCUGCUCGGCUCUCGCCCAGAAUAGCAGAGAACUGCACUAGCCGCCACAGCUCCUCCGUGGCCUCUGCGGGAGGAAAUGGAUGUCCGGGUAGCAACGUCCUCCCCCACGCUUUCACCAACUUUGACGGUCUCGCCUCGCGGUGGAGCCGCACAGGCAACGACGGUGCCUGCGACGGCGCACAGAAAGGAAGAAAAGCCAAAACUCCCACAAAGACAACGCAGGAGAAGAAGAAGGAGAAACACGAGCAACACCACCAGCAGCAACAAGGCGGAGUCAAAGACAGCGGGGAGAACGUUCUCACCCUGCGCGACUACCAUGCCUUUCAAGAGGUCAACGGCGACGGCGGCGGCGGUGCCAACAACGACACACACUCCUCUGAAGGCGGCGAAGCCGGCAUAAAACGCAACGGCAGCGGCCAGCAAAGCGACGUCCUGCCAAAACACGGCGGAACGCACCGUCAGCCGCGACGUCGGCGGAGAUCCUGCAGCCCGCAGACGACGACGACGGAGAGCGAAGAGAAGGAGGAGAAGGAGGAGUGCGCAUCGGCUUUAGCACCGUAUCGCAGCCAAGCGAACGCAAACCAAAGCGACGACGGCAAAGCCGCGCGCGUCCCUCAGCCACUCAGCGCUUUUGGCCCAAUCACUUGCAUCACACAUCGCACCAACUCCUCCGUGGACGAGUCUCCGCGCAGGUCGAGUGACGACUCCACGCAUCGCCGCAGCAAAAGCAGCGCGACAGCUAAUGACGCAAGCCGGAGAAAAGGAGCAAGCGAAGCCCACCCUUCCAGCGAGGCAGAGGUGGAGACACCGAAAGGAUUGACGCAGAGGAUCUCUCCACCGGCACCUCUGGACACCGUCCACAAGAAGAACAAGGAUCUGGCAGUGGCUUCCACGGCGGACGCGUCAGCGCGCGAUGACCCGGGCCUUCAGAGAGCGAACGCCGGAGACAGCACUGGUUCAGUCGACAGACCCGUCGAAAACGAUCGCAGUGCACCCUCCACGAACAACAAAAACAACAGCAGUAUCAGCACACAGAAUGGCGCGAGCGCGUCAACGACUUCGCGCGGCGGCGCGGCAGCGGCCUUGCUCUUGUUGAAGCGGUUGAGCGGAGUUUCUUCCCCUGCACUGGCCGCGCCGCCGCCCAGCGGCAGCAUUAAUGGCCAGGAAAGGGUUCCGUCUGCUCCUUCGACUCUGCUGUGCUGGCCACAGGACACUGCCAAUUUCCUUACCGGCAAGUCAUCGGCCGCCACGGUGAGGCAGGUGCUGACCGCCGCUGCCCAGAAAAGGAAAGCCGCAGCGAAGGCCAAGGAUGUUGGCGGCGGCGACAGCAGCGUGAAGGACGAGGCCGGCGCCGGGGAUCCGUUUGUCGCGACAGCGGCUGGUGCAAAGGAUCACCUUCACAGCAGGGAUGAAAAGGCUGGGAGGUUGAACGAAUCGCAGGGUGGCGCCGGCGGCAGCGACGGCAGUCCGCAAGGAGAGGCGAAGUGCCACUGCUCAGACACUGGGAACGGCGGUGGUGACAGUGGGCCGCCGCGGACACUACGCGGACGCCCUUCAACGAUCCCCGGCAGCAACAGCAACGCCGAAGAGAGUGAACAUCACCGUAGCAGCAGCGGCGUCAAGACGAUGGACAGCGCCGCUGGCGUGCGUCUGGACCCCGGCAUCGGUCUCGCUGCUGUAGAGGCGGUCGAGCUGUCCGAUGUGAAUGCGUCGGCGUUGUUGAAUGACAGCAAAACCGAAAGCGGCAGCUCGCACUCGACGUUAAAGGGCAAAGGGAUGGACGACGAGAAUGACGCCAGUGAAGAGGCGAUGCUCUGCACCCCACUCGACAGCCGUGACGCACGCACUGACAACGACUCCGAAGACGCAAACAACCUUGGCAGCGAUGGGGAGAACUCUGAAAUGUGUCGCGCCAGCUUCACCAUCGGCACCAGUUUCCACGAUAGUAAUUCAGCGACGCUGCUGCCUUGCGAGACAGGCAUUGUCAGCGGAGGCAGUAGCGGCGUGCUGGUGCCCAGCAUUCCCCAUCCUCCUCUCCCUUCUACCACGACCGCGACAACGACCGUGAUGACGAGCUCCACUGUGGCGGCUGGCAAGCACUG